UUUCAGCACAAAGGUUUUUUUUCUCUCUCCCCUUUUCGAGUUAAGAAUGUCAAGUGGUAUUUCCAAGAGACGAAAAGUCGACAUUAAAUGCCAAUACUGCGAUAAAACAUAUAGUAAGCCUAGUAAGGUAGCCGAACAUGAACGAUCCCAUACUGGAGAGCGACCUUUUAUUUGCACUCAUGAGGGUUGUGAUAAGGCAUACUUUAGAUCGAGUCAUUUAGUUGUUCAUCAGAGAUCUCAUUCCAAUGACAAGGAUUUUAUUUGCUCCUUUGAUAAUUGCACUGCGGCAUUUGUAACAAAGCAGCAUUUACAACGUCAUGAGAAGAGUCAUACCACCACCAUUAACUGUGAUUUUCCAGGCUGUCAUGCCGAAUACUCGAAACGUUGUCAAUUGCGUCGGCAUAAAAUGACACAUGAAGUAGGCACACAUACAUGUCCUACAUGUAACUCAGUAUUCGAUUCGUCACUCCAAUUAGAAAAGCAUAUCGAUCGAGUUCAUAUUAAUCCUGUCGUGUAUAAAUGUGGAACUUGCACAGAAACAUUUAAUAAAUGGAGUGCGUUACGUAAGCACAUGAUGACAGAACAUCCCUUUGAAUGUUCUGUUUGCAAAAAAGCUUACGGCAAAAAAUAUAACUUGAAACAACACAUCAAAGAAAAGCACAUGAAUAUGGGAGUGGUUACUUGUGAUUGGCCUGGAUGUGGUGCAGAACUGAAAACCAAACGAGGGCUUAAAACACAUGUGGCUCUGGUGCAUGAACAGGACAUUCGAUACAAAUGUGACAUUUGUAGCAAAGGUUUCCCCUAUAUGUCUAUGCUUGAAAGACACAAAGGAUCUCACACUCCUAAAUCAUUAAAGCCAUCGCCACGCAUAAGACAUAAAUCUGUAGUGGAACAGCUGACAGGAUUUAACCAUUACUCGGAUAAAGAAACACUCGGAUGUCCUUUUGAAGGCUGUCAUUUCAAGUUUACAAAUUCCUAUUUAUUACGAAGACAUAUUGAAGGGAAGAAUCAUAAGAGCGACGUAAGGUUAUUUGCAGAUACACCUUCCGAUCCUACUGUUGCAUCACCUCUGUUGGGUUUUGAACCACAAUCAACAGAUAAUCAUGAUCUGGCGCAAUCAUGAUCUCGUGCUUCUUGGUUCGGAUUCGAAGAAACGUCAAGUCAUUCUAAUAAUAACAAUAAUAAUAAAAAAAAACCUAUGAAUCAGCACAUAUUCAAGCAACCUAUUCUCUCUCUCUCUCUCUUUUUUUUUACUUGGUCAUCCAAAGUUGAAAUGGUUGUGCGAGCUUGUUCAACAAGAGAGGAAAUUAAUUGCCCAUAUUUUUUUGUCAAAUCUUGAUCUAAAGUAGAUCGAAUGGCUUGACCUUCAUUGUUUAAAAUAACUACUGCCUUGACUCCUUUUCUAGCUGAAAUGCGUUUCAAUGUCUCAUCUACGUCGAUUGUCAUGGUGAGAAAAUAGGUAUAUAAAUGGGAAGAGCAAAGGG